AUGCGCACGCUCAGGCUCUUACCAGUCUCUUGCCUCCGCCUCGUCUACAACCUCGUCCUCGUCCUCGUCCUCGUCCUCAGGCGCAACGAACUCGGUCACGUUAUCGAGUUAGAGCGCUUGUAGUCUUGACGCAGCUUCUACAUCCACGCCCCCCCCCCCCCAGCUGCCUUCGUACGACCAGGCUUGCAGCCGGGAGGGACGCGCUCUCUGCUGCUGGCCAGGACAGCGACUGCAGCAGCCCCAAGCCCGCCAGGAACGCGACCGCAAACUCGGCGUCGGGCCCUCUACCUCGGUAUCGCACUCGUCGAGCCACUCGGCCCUGGUACGAGCGCACCGGGAGGCGGCUACGGGAGAGCGAGUAGCAGCCUAUAGCGCCGAGGGGAGGGGAUCUCCAAGGCGCCAGCCGGAGCUCAACUUACACCUGAGGAGCUUGCAACAAGAUCUGGCCCAAGGAGCACACCAUUGCCACCAAGAAUCCGCUGGGCGAGGUCAUAGCAGGUGUCAUCAACACUGUGAGUCGACGCCUGGGCUACUCGAUCGCUUGGCAGCGUGAGCGUGCGUAGUUUAUUUAGAGCUGACUCGCCUUUCCAAUGUCGUUUUUCACUGCUGGCAUUCUCCUUGCGGUCAGGGGCAACGCUGAUGUAAUGGGGCGAGUUCCUGCCUGGCGACCGAGCAGUCAGUCGCCGUCGGUCGCCAGGCAAGAACUCGCCCCAGUGCAUCAGCGUCGCCCCUGACCGCGGGAAGACGGCCGAGACGGCCGAGACGACGGCCGACGUCGUGCUCCUGACCCGCGCUGGGGUCGCGCACGACCCAAUCCUCCCGGAUGCAUGGACCUUUCCCAGUCACCCCGUUCCCCAAGCCGACGUCGAUGCGGACACCGACACCAUCGUGAUACUUCAACGCAAACGAAAACGGCAAUGGCCAGCAUCAGAACGAUGA